UGUGUUGGCUCUGGAUGUACGUUGACGGUGCAAUGUGCUGGCAAUGACUGUGCUGCUCCACCGGUCGUGUUACCACCUUUACCGCCACCGGUUUACGUGCCUCCGCCACCGCCACCGCCUCCUCCACCACCGCCACCUCCGCCACCCCCGCCACCUGCACCUCCACCAAUAGAGAUCCCUCUUCCACCCCCACCACCAUACGUUAUUUAUCCACCACCCCCGCCACCACCACCUCCACCGCAAAGAAUCUACCUACCCGCUCCACCUCCGCCACCACCUCCACCACCGAAAAUCGUUGUUGUGCCUGCCCCUCCACCACCUCCUCCUCCACCACCAGUUCCUCGAUGCACAGGCGUAUGUGUGAAGAGUGUCUGCUUGGCUGGAAGAGGAGUAUGUUGA